CGCAAGAGCCACUCCAGCAGCAGCAGCGUCUCCGUCCGUCACUCCACUCACCGUCCGACGCUCGCUCGCAACUCAUCGUCGCCUCCGCCACUUCAGCAGACAACAUGAGGGAAAUCGUCCACCUGCAGGCCGGCCAGUGCGGAAACCAGAUCGGUGCCAAGUUCUGGGAGGUCAUCUCAGACGAGCAUGGAAUCGACCCCAUGGGCAACUACCGCGGCACUUCGGACCUGCAACUGGAGCGCAUCAACGUCUACUACAACGAGGCCUCUGGAGCAAAGUACGUGCCACGCGCCGUCCUGCUCGACCUGGAGCCCGGCACGAUGGAGGCGGUGCGCUCAGGGCCGAUCGGCAAGUUAUUUCGGCCGGACAACUUCGUGUUCGGCCAGAGCGGCGCCGGCAACAACUGGGCAAAGGGCCACUACACGGAGGGCGCCGAGCUGGUCGACUCGGUGCUCGACGUGGUGCGCAAGGAGGCCGAGAGCUGCGACUGUCUGCAGGGCUUCCAGCUGACCCACUCGCUCGGCGGCGGCACCGGCUCCGGCAUGGGCACCCUGCUCAUCUCCAAGAUCAGGGAGGAGUACCCUGACCGCAUCAUGAACACCUACUCCGUCAUGCCCUCGCCCAAGGUAUCAGACACGGUGGUGGAGCCCUACAACGCCACCUUGUCCGUGCACCAGUUGGUCGAAAACACGGACGAAACGUACUGCAUCGACAACGAGGCCCUGUACGACAUCUGCUUCAGGACCCUGAAGCUGGCCAACCCCUCCUACGGCGACCUGAACCACCUGGUGUCCCUCACCAUGUCCGGCGUGACCACGUGUCUCCGCUUCCCUGGACAGCUCAACGCCGAUCUGCGCAAGCUGGCCGUCAACAUGGUGCCUUUCCCACGACUCCACUUCUUCAUGCCAGGUUUUGCGCCGCUGACCUCUCGAGGCAGCCAGCAGUACCGCGCGCUGACCGUGCCGGAGCUGACCCAGCAGAUGUUCGACGCCAAGAACAUGAUGGCCGCGUGCGACCCGCGCCACGGCCGCUACCUGACCGUGGCCGCCGUGUUCCGCGGCCGCAUGUCGAUGAAGGAGAUCGACGAGCAGAUGCUGGCCAUCCAGAACAAGAACAGCAGCUACUUCGUCGAGUGGAUUCCGAACAACGUGAAGACGGCCGUGUGCGACAUCCCGCCGCGAGGCCUCAAGAUGUCGGCCACCUUCAUCGGCAACUCGACGGCCAUCCAGGAGCUGUUCAAGAGAAUCUCCGAGCAGUUCUCCGCCAUGUUCAGGCGCAAGGCCUUCUUGCACUGGUACACUGGCGAGGGCAUGGACGACAUGGAGUUCACCGAGGCCGAGAGCAACAUGAACGAUCUCGUCUCGGAGUACCAACAGUAUCAGGAAGCGCUUGCUGGCGAAGAGUACGACGACGAGGUCGAAGAAGAAGUUGGAGGAGAGGUGGUCAUGGAUUAAGCCAGACCCCAGAAUGUUUUUAAUUUAAAAAAAGUCAAACAAUCUUCAAGGAGACCAAUUAUUAUUGUUAUUACUUUGAUUUUAAACCGGCAAUCCACCUAGAGCUCUCUUCUCUUCUGCAAUAGCGAAAAUCAGCUGCUUAUUAUCUAUAAUGUAUUGUAUCACAAUAACGUUUUCCUAAAUAAUUAAUUGCUGCGAGUAGUGCUUAAACCAAGAGUAAAUGUUAUAUAGUCAUUUCAUUCUUUCCCCUUUCAUACUUCAUAAUUUUAUUCUAGUUGAUAAUAAUUUUAUUUUUAGUUUUAAUACGAUGUGGAUAUUAGUAUGCAAUUAGCUACGCAAAACUUUGAGGUCAGAUGACAACUACACACAGUGAUGUUGCUAGUUUUUUUAUGGAUAAAACACUAUUUUUAUCCUAGGUAGAAAGCUACACUUUUUGUAAUCGACUUCUAUAAUGAUGUUUUGUAGCUAUUUUUGUACUCUUAUAAAAAUAAACUGUAUAAUAUUAAUA